GUUUUUGCCGGGAGGGUUUGUUAUGUGCGGGAAAACAGCAGCAAUGGUUUGGAGGCAGCAAGGCCGGGUGAAAAGCGUGUGAAAAAUUGACCGGAGAAAUUGGGAAAACAUAAAUUGACUCCUGUUCAGUCAGGCCCACUGAACCGCUAGAGUGAGGAUGGUGUCCGGAAAUUUCUCAAUUUAACCGAGAAGCCCACAGAGCACUCGGUCAGAGCCCUAUGGAACGGUGUAUCGCGGAUAGAGAACGAUGUGCUAGUACACGCGACGUUUGGUCGCGUUGACAAAUUGUGAAGAGGUGGGGGAGUGUGUGUGUGUAACAGGACAAGGAAAACGGUCACCGAACGGAAGCCGGUAUGUUGUUUGUCUUCGGUCCGGCCCUACUUUUUUUGGCCCCCGACUACCCAUAACGGAAGCAAGUACCGUAGCAGUGUGACGGAUAAGCCAGUACUAGGUGUUGCGCCAGACAACGACAACGCCUAGUCGCGGAACGGAACCCAUCCCCUCAAAUCAUCACUACCGCCAGCACACCCAAGCGCCCGAUGGAACUGAUCGGCCAACUGAAGGCAUAGAUGAGAUGCAGUUCCAUCGUGGAUCGUAUCACCGGUUGCGAUCUACAGCCGGAACGGGUUCAACGUGGCCCGAGUGCCACAUCUCGUGCUAAUCAUGCUGCUGGUUGGUCGUGCAGUUGCUGCGAACGGUGAAAUUCGCCAACGACGAACGAUCGUAAUUAAAAGAGUUACUGCAGUGCUAGUAAACGGGGAGUAGUUUUUCUUUCCUUCAUACACCGAUGUUCGUAUGAAACCACAGAAACAAAACGUACACGUACACAAACGAAACCCCCAACCCAGCCGGUGCUAAAUCCGAAGGCAUAACAAACCCCCAAAAACGGGAAAGAAAAUAGAGAACAAACACCAGGAAAAAACUCAACGAAUAAAAUAAGGAAAAUUUAAAACGUGCCACCAACAAUUCGAUAUAAAGUGAGCGAGAAGAAACGAAGAAAAGUGUACAACAAGAGCAACAGCAAAAUUGUGUGGAAAAGUGAAGUGAAAAUAGGCAGCGCGGUUGGCGAAAACGAAACGAAGCAACAACAGAAAUAGGAAGGAAAAUCGAGGCACCCACCACAACACCAAAGUAGGCCACGGUGGAAGUGACGUUGCAACGGUUUCGGAAACAUCACAUCUAGUAAACCGGCGUGUGUGUGUGUGUAGUGACAGGCAGUUGGAGCGCAGUGGAAAGUGAUCAAGAAAUCAAUCUUUCCCCGAUUGCACAAUCGGUCCGACACGUCGGUUCGGUUUCGGUGCAGAACGGAACCGUGGAUCUGCGUGAGUUUUUUUUUGGGGGGUGAAAAGUCCCACGGCGUGUGUGUGUGUGUGUGAUUAAGUGCAGUACGAAUUGUGACAUAAGAUCGUGGCAGAGUGUGAAACGCGUGUGGAUCACUCUUAUUAGGGUGCUUCCAUUUGGUGCAUACACAUCUUCCGAAAACCUGCCGAGGAACGCUUCCUUAAGUGAAGCAUCUUCUACCUACCCGUCAAGAUGUACAGCGGCCGGAUCGUUUACAGCUGGAACGGGAUGUACCAUAGCCGGUGUGACUGCUGACACAUGAGUCACUGGAAGCAGUGUUAGUUGCCAUCCGAAGCAUCCCAAGUGAAGUGUUCGAUCAAUCAAUUGUAAACGGUUUGUUGCGAACGUGUGUGUGUGAGAGGUGAUUUUAUUUUUCCCCAACCUGCUAGAAUCAGUUUCCCCCCACGGUGUAUUGUCCUGACGCGUGUUUUUCCUCCGAAAAUAAAAUAAACACAUCGUCCCCGUGGCCUUCAUCUAUUGAAGGGCUGUUCAACCUCAGCAGCGGACGAGGAAGACAUUUCGAGGAAGCCAAAAUCAAAGAGACACCAUCGUGGAUUGUGUGACACGCGACUGCAGCAGCAGCAGUUUUCCUUUUUUUAAACCUCGAAGAAUUUAAAGAUCAUCAAUUGUCGGUGUGGUGCGUAAAGAAUCUGGGUGAGGUACUAUCAUCGCUGCAGCUUCUACUGCUUGCUGCUGUUCAUCUAGAGCGAGAGAGGAACGUCUAAGUUAGCUAUAUUCGAAGACAUCCGGAGGAGUGUACGAGAAACGAAAUGGUGGCCAAAAGCUGGUUGGUGCUACUGUUGGCCCUGCUUGCCACGGUUUGUCUGGACACGAGCGUAGCGGAUACGGUGAAAUGUCCACAGGAUUGCAAAUGUGAAGCGAACUCCACGAUUCGGUGUACGCAUGUGGCCGGUUUGAGGAGCCUGGACAAGUCGCAACCGAUCGCCCGGCUGGAUCUGUCCGGGCUGGAGCUAACGAAGGUGCCGGGAGUGUUGGAAAAUGUGCGCAACAUCACCGAGCUGGAUCUGUCGAGAAAUCGGCUGGCGGAGGUGAAUCAUUUGGGCAAGCGCAUUCGCAAGCUCGACCUUAGUCACAAUCGUAUCACGUCGGCAAAGCUGGCCCGGCUUCCACCGUUUGUGGAGUCGCUUAACCUAACGUUCAACGAUCUCACCUACCUGCCGCUGAAUCUAAUGAAGCUCAAGCGGCUACGGUACAUCGAGCUGGCGAACAAUCCGAUCAACUGUACCUGCGAGACGCUGCACAUCCGGAACUGGCUAACCUCGAGGCACGUGUGGUCGGACGAGCAUGUGAAGUGUAUGGCACCGGCCGAGUUUAAGGGCCAGCCCUGGUUGCAGGUCCGUCAGCUGGACGUGUGCAAUCCGUCGGUGGUGGAGGAGCGCAAGGAAGGCUACCGGUGGGAUGAUUACGAGGACGAGAACGAGCUGAUGCUCGGUGAUGCACCCCAGCCGGAAGCGAACGAGGAGGAUGAGGAUGACUUUAAGCGCGAAUACUUCCCGGUGGGUGAGAAGGUGAAGCGUAACGAGCCACCGAUUGUAGUGAACAACAGUGAGGACGAGGAAGCUUCCGGUGAGGGUCCCGCCAUCGGGGCGGACUCUUCGAUCGGUGAGGACGAACGAAGGAAAGUGUUUGAUGGUCCGGUGGAUGAGGGUAGCGGUGAGCCGGAUGAAAGUCCACGGGUGAUCGACGAUGUGGUUGACGAUGGAGAGGCGGAGGAAGACCAAACCGAUGAUGGCAGUGGUAGUGGAGGUGGCUUGUUAUUGAUGAACAUCGGAGCGAUCGAUAUUGAUCACGUGAGCAGCACGACCGUCUCAACGAUUGAGCCAGAUCAUAGUAGCGUUGAGGAGGAACCGGAGGAAUCGCCGAUGGAAUUCCCCAGCCUGCACGAGGACCUUGGUAUCUUCCGCGAGGAGGAUGAGGAACAGACAUCGCUAGGAACCACUUCGGAUGAGACUACGUCGGAGGCAACCAACGCACGGGUGAUGAUUGGAGCGGCAGGAGUAAUGAAGACGGCUAGUGAUGCGGGUGGCAGUGGUGGAUCUUCCGAGACCCCCUUGGUGGAGGAUGAUGCAGCCGUUGCCACACAAUCCGAGGAAGACAACCAGAAGACGUACUUACUGCUUGCCAUUCUGGGCAUUAUCCUGGUGGCGCUGAUCAUUAUGGUUGUGUGCAAGCGUAAGCCGGACUCACGCAAUCGGCGCGGCAAGUACGAUGUGGAAACGGCAAACGGUCAAGGACGUGAGAUGAAAGAGAUGAACAAAAACCUGCUAGAGAAAGGACCGGCUGAUCGUAAUGGACACGGUGCCGGUAGUCCAGCAACUCCCGAACAAACUCCGCUCAUGUCACCGGACAAAACGGACUACGAGCGGGUGUUUGGCGAUCCUCAGAAAACCGCUUUCAGCCCGGUGAAGCCGGUGCGAACGUCACUCGAGAAGCCGAUGGAAUCGUUCAAACCAAUUGCGGCCGAACGGCGAACGAACGACCCGGCACAGCACGGUGCACCGGUCGCGGACAAUAACAACACGACGAGUCUACCGAACGGAAAUGGUGCGUUACACAACGGUGAUGCAUCACCGGCCGGCGUACACAAGCCUCCCAACCAUGUGCCAUCAGCGAACGGGGACGUUACCGAUCCGGACGGUCAUCUAGCGGUCCCGAUGGAGUCACCGCGCUCGAAGCGCUACAGCCCAAUCUACGUGCCUACCUCGCCCAAGUCGGAUCGCUACAGUCCGGUGUACUCGCCCGAAACGGGCCGGGUGAAAAUUAAGCUUACCGAGACGCCCAAACCGAAAACGCCCAUCCUGGUGACGAGGAGUCGUUCGCGGGCGGGCGAUAUCAUUACCACGAUGGAUGACCAAAAGUUCUAGGGAACGGUUGCGCAGCGAUGGUGGUGGUGGCACUGGCAGCAGGGCAGCAGUAGCAGACCGUGGUCGUCUUACCUACCGCGUGACAUACGGGCCGUGGCUCGUGACCAGGUGUGACGUUCGGUUUCGGAUAUCGCGUUAUCGGGGUGUGUCUCGACGAAAAUCGCUGCUAAUCUACUAAUCCUUGCCGAGGCAAACUCUCUCUCGCGUGCGCCUACACACAGGAAAACAACAGCUCGUAGCAGAUCAAGCAGAUCCCCGGGGUACAGAUCGUUCGUUUGCUCUUGCUCUUGGGUGCUGUGUUACCUUCAACGGUUAUUGUGGGCCGAUCUUUCCAUCUCGUGCCGAGUUCCCCGUGUGGACUCUAGCUAAAGCACAAAACAUAUCUAUUGCCUUGGUGCCUGCGAAUGCUUCCCACAGCUGCCAUCUGGAGCUUGGAGGAACGGCUUCCCAGGAAAGGAAGCAUAUGCUAGAGCAGUGAAAAACCGAACGAAUACCACCUAAGUCGUAGCUUUUUUGUAGCCAAUUUCAACCAUAUUGCUUCCUGGUGCCUGUUGUGAACCGCUCGUGAACCAUUAGGAGAGAGAGAGGUUAACGAUAAGAACUAUUCUGCGAGGUUGCACGCGACAUGAUCAAUGAAAGUGUACAUAGUGUUUAGGAAGCCGUGGAAGGUGACAGUGAGAUCGUUUGGUUGGGGAAUCGUAGAGUACGCGUAGUCGCAGCAGUAGUGCUAGUAACACCGAAACAACAAAACACACACACACUUGUAUUCUAAUUUGCCAAAAUGCCAAUUGCGUACGGAAAGGGGUGAAGCGAGAGCCUUGGCGCAACAAAAUUUAAUCCUAAUAGUGCUACGGGAGUGGAUCCUCUAGACAAAACUAACCAUCGCAGAAGUGCAGUAGGAGAAACCAUUAGUAUGUAGGAUGCAACGAAAAAUUGAGGCCGGGGAAAAGGAAAACGUCGUGUAUCGGUGUUAUCAUAUACAGUAAGGCAUCAGGAUCGUUUAGGGAUAGGCGUUCCGAAUGGCGAGCGAUCAAGUGGAUGCUUGGUGUUUCCGGGCGAGGUUAUGUAGGAAGCGAACCGUUUAGGAACGAAGAGUUUACUAGUUCAUGUCACACCAGUCGCGUUCAUCGUAGAGCGUAAACGAGACACAGAGAUCGCGAUCGUGUCGAUGUAAGAAAACCUAACGAAGUAAGGAGUUGUACAUUAAAUGUGGGAAUCAUUCGGAUCAACACAUCAACACAUAUGGGGAGGAUGCGAAUAGUUAGAAUAAUUAUGUGGAGCGGUUGGGAAUUUGUUCGCCUGGUCUUUGACGAAUGCUAAGAACGCACGUACGCACGAUCUGUUUUUUAUCGAGUCUAGGUUGUUGAUGUUACUUGUUGUAGCUGUGUAUCCUGUUCGAAACACACCCACAAACACACACAUUGGGUGUACGGUGCAUAACCAUAUCCUUCGUGUCCAUUACGUCAUUAUCCUGUUUGUUUGAAGACACACACACACACAUGCGUGCUCCCGGCUUUUUUUUCCCUUCGAAUGGCAAGCAGAAGAAGACGAUCCGAACCCGAGUCAACCGUUUUGUUUUCUGCGUCUUGGUGCGUUCGUGUAGGAAGAAAUGUAUUUAAAUUUUAUAAAUAAUUUAUAACGUGAGAAGCUAGAGACCGAUUGUGAAAAACAAUAAAAGCGAAACAAAAUGUUGUAGAGUACGAAUUAA